AUGGCCAGCACGGGGAUAAAACAAGGACCUAAACUGGUCUCCAAGUCGUCCGCGGGAGGCGCAGGGGCGGCGGGGGCUGGCGGCGGGCCCCCGAUAAUCCCCAUCGCCUCUCCGCUGAUGGGGAAGAAGAAGAAGCCGUUUCUGGGGAUGCCCGCUCCGCUGGGCUACGUUCCCGGUCUGGGCAGAGGUGCCACUGGUUUCACCACCCGGUCUGAUAUCGGUCCGGCUCGAGAUGCCAACGAUCCAGUGGAUGACCGACAUGCGCCGCCAGGGAAAAGGACGGUUGGGGACCAGAUGAAAAAGAACCAGGAGGACGAAGAGGAAGAUCUGAACGACACAAAUUAUGACGAGUUUAAUGGAUAUGCAGGAAGCUUGUUCUCCAGUGGGCCCUACGAGAAAGAUGACGAGGAAGCAGAUGCAAUAUACGCAGCACUGGACAAGAGGAUGGAUGAAAGGCGCAAAGAAAGAAGGGAGCUGAGAGAAAAGGAGGAAAUCGAGAAAUACCGUAUGGAGCGACCCAAAAUCCAGCAACAGUUUUCAGAUCUAAAGAGAAAGUUGUCAGAGGUGUCAGAGGAGGAGUGGCUGAGCAUCCCCGAGGUGGGAGAUGCCAGGAAUAAGCGGCAGAGAAAUCCCCGCCAUGAGAAACUCACUCCCGUCCCCGACAGCUUCUUCUCCAAACACCUGCAGACCGGAGAGAACCACACCAGCGUUGACCCUCUGCAAGGGCUGGGAGGUCUGAGCACGCCGUACCCUGGGAGCAUGACGCCGGGGACCGGAGAGCUGGACAUGAGGAAGAUCGGUCAGGCCAGGAACACACUCAUGGAUAUGAGGCUCAGCCAGGUGUCUGAUUCCGUGAGCGGACAGACGGUGGUGGACCCCAAAGGUUACUUGACGGAUCUCAACUCCAUGAUCCCCACGCAUGGCGGAGACAUCAGUGACAUCAAGAAGGCUCGUCUGCUGCUGAAAUCUGUGCGGGAAACCAACCCUCAUCACCCGCCGGCCUGGAUUGCCUCCGCCAGGCUGGAGGAGGUGACCGGCAAACUGCAGGUGGCCAGGAACCUGAUCAUGAAAGGCACCGAGAUGUGUCCUAAGAGUGAGGACGUGUGGCUGGAGGCGGCCCGGCUUCAGCCCGGCGACACGGCCAAAGCCGUGGUCGCCCAGGCCGUCCGCCACCUGCCGCAGUCCGUCCGCAUCUACAUCAGAGCUGCGGAGCUGGAGACGGACAUGAGGGCCAAGAAACGAGUCCUCAGGAAGGCCCUGGAGAACGUGUCCAAGUCGGUUCGGCUGUGGAAGACGGCCGUGGAGCUGGAGGAGCCGGAGGACGCCAGGAUCAUGCUCAGCAGAGCCGUGGAGUGCUGCCCUACGAGCGUGGAGCUGUGGCUGGCGCUGGCCCGGUUGGAGACGUACGAGAACGCCCGGCGCGUCCUCAACAAGGCCCGAGAAAACAUCCCCACCGAUCGCCACAUCUGGAUCACUGCCGCCAAGCUGGAGGAGGCCAACCUCAACACUCAGAUGGUGGACAAGAUCAUCGACAGGGCCAUCACCUCUCUACGCGCCAACGGAGUGGAGAUCAACAGAGAGCAGUGGAUACAGGACGCAGAGGAGUGUGACAAAGCGGGCAGCGUGGCGACCUGCCAGGCCGUGAUCAGGGCCGUGAUCGGCAUCGGCAUCGAGGAGGAGGAUUGCAAACACACGUGGAUGGAGGAUUCAGACAGCUGCGUGUCCCACGGCGCGCUGGAGUGCGCCCGGGCCAUCUACGCUCACGCUCUGCAGGUGUUCCCCAGUAAAAAAAGCGUCUGGCUCAGAGCCGCCUACUUUGAGAAGAACAACGGCACCAGGGAGUCGUUGGAGGCCCUCCUCCAGAGGGCCGUGGCUCACUGUCCCAAAGCGGAGGUCCUGUGGCUGAUGGGGGCCAAGUCCAAGUGGCUGGCCGAGGACGUGCCCGCCGCCAGAAGCAUCCUGGCUCUCGCCUUCCAGGCUAACCCGAACAGUGAGGAGAUCUGGCUGGCUGCUGUCAAGCUGGAGUCUGAGAAUAACGAGUAUGAAAGAGCCCGUCGCCUGCUGGCAAAGGCCCGCAGCAGCGCCCCGACAGCGAGGGUGUUUAUGAAGUCUGUGAAGUUGGAGUGGGUGCUGGGCAACAUCGAAGCAGCCCAGGAGCUGUGCACCGAGGCUCUGAAACACUACGAGGACUUCCCCAAACUCUGGAUGAUGAGAGGCCAGAUAGAAGAGCAGUGUGAGAACAUGGACAAGGCCCGGGAGGCCUACAACCAAGGGUUGAAGAAGUGUCCCCACUCCAGCGGCCUGUGGUUGCUGCUGUCCCGCCUGGAGGAGCGCGUGGGACAGCUGACCAGGGCCAGAGCCAUCCUGGAGAAGGCUCGACUCAAGAACCCCCAGAGCCCCGAUCUGUGGUUGGAGUCGGUCAGGCUGGAGUUCCGUGCGGGACUGAAGAACAUCGCCAACACGCUGAUGGCCAAAGCCCUGCAGGAGUGCCCCAAUUCAGGCAUCCUGUGGGCGGAGGCGGUGUUUUUGGAGGCGCGGCCCCAGAGGAAGACCAAGAGCGUGGACGCUCUGAAGAAGUGUGAACACGACCCCCACGUCUUGCUCGCCGUGGCCAAGUUGUUCUGGAGCGAGCGUAAGAUCACCAAAGCCAGAGAGUGGUUCCUGCGCACGGUGAAGAUCGAGCCGGACCUCGGAGACGCCUGGGCGCUCUUCUACAAGUUUGAGCAGCAGCACGGCACCGAGGAGCAGCAGGAGGAGGUGCGAAAGCGCUGCGAGAACGCGGAGCCUCGCCACGGCGAGCUGUGGUGCGCCGAGUCCAAACACGUCCUGAAUUGGCAGAAGAAGACGGGGGAGAUAUUAGCGGGGGUGGCCGGCAAGAUCAAGAACACCUUCUAAAGAUCGAGGGGAGGGGGGGGGCAGGUUGGACUGAAAACACCUGGAGGACCUGGAGCUGUGAGACAGUGUCUCGCACGUCCCGUUCCGCCGUCUCCAGGUCUGUUUUUCCUCUGAAGAGCAUCACAGUCUGAAGCGUCAGCAGAGACGGUUCAGUGUCACCGUGAAAACAAAGCAGCUGAUUUUCACCCAAACCACUGGUGUGCAGCUACAGUAAGACUGUAGGGCAGUAAGACCUCCUCUGCUGAAUUUUAAUGUCUUUCAUGUUUCUGCAAAGAUUUGACCGAACUCACGGCCUCGUCUACAUCUGAAGAUCAUCUGGAAGCACAAAACGUCUAAAUACCACAAACCUGUGUGACAACUGAGCUUAUUUUCUGCAAAUGUCACAAUUCAUGUUUUUCAUAAUCCCGAUUCCUUUUGUGUGGAGGCGACUUCCUCGGCCCCCGAUGACCCCUGCAGCUCUGUUUCCUCCUCCGAGGACUCUUGUUUCAUCAAGGUUUCCUGAGACCACCUUCCGGCAAACACUCGCUCACGUGUUACAUGAGCCGCGUGCUCUUCUGGCGUCGAGCUGCACCCGGGGAAUCACCCGGACAACGGGGGGGUUGUGUGAAUGGCUUCCCAAAUAACUCGAGAGAAACACCUCAUUGAUUCGUGAAUCUGUAAAUCAACCUGGCCGACUUCGUCUGGAGGCGAAAUGUUGAUUUACGGACUCAAUGAUUGCAGCAGUUUUGAGUGGGAAGACACACCUCUAAACUGAGACCAGAGCAGCGAGAGGCCCUCGCUGCCCGUGAAGGUGGAUUUUUUUUUUUUUGUGUGUGUGUUUGACACCUUUUCUGUUUUCUCCGAUCAAUCAGUGACGACGUACGUUUAGAGGUGCGCUCAGUCGCACGUUGCAUGAAGCCCCACGACGUCUUUGGUGCUCGUCCAUGCUGAGCAUCUCGGCAACUCUCGUUUACUGACAUCGGCCUAAUAAUGGGUGGAGCAGAGGUGGCGCUGUGGUGACGUAGCAAAGGCGUUUCAAAGUGAUCCGUUAUUUGGUUUAAAUUCAAACGAUGGCCCUGAUUUGUUUUCACUCUGACAUUGAUUCAUUUUUCUGCUGAUUUAGUGUCAACAUUUUUAAUUUGAGUAUUUGUGAAUUUGGUGAUAAAAGGAACAAAAUCCACCUUUUACAGUUUGGAGUGAACUCCGGAGAGGAUCAGCUGUUUGUUUCCAACGCAUCAUUUUCUUUCUUUCUUUCUUAGGUUUGUUUUCAGAAGUUGUACAUAAAAAAACUUGCAUGAGGUCUCAUGUCGUAGUACUGAUCGGCCUUUUCUAUGUAGCUCAGUAGUUUAAUGUGUUAAAUUACUUUUACUGGCAUCCAAUAAACAAAGAAACAAGGUCCGUUGCACAAU